AUGAAGAUUUUAACGAAGGAAGAGGAGGCUGCGCAUUAUCAGGCCACAGUGAAGGGUGGUCUACUCGGAGGUGCAGUUGGUACUGCACUCGGUGCAGGUGGUGUUUAUCUGGCCUCUGUGAGGUACCCAGCAUUCAGAGGCCUUUCAUUACCCUUCCGUGCCUUCUUGACCACCUCGACGGGUACCUUUGUUGCCAUUGUCGCCGCCGACUCUUAUUCGCGACGAUUCGAAGCGUCAAAGCAACCCGACAGACACUACCAGGAUGAGCAAAAAUCGUUGCAAGACCAGCUGGAUGCACAGAGAACCGGCAAGGAGAAGACUAUGAAAUGGCUUCAGGAUAACCGUUACGGAAUGGUUCUGGGGUCUUGGGUAGUCUCCAUCACCGCUGCAUUGGGCAUCGUCGGCAAGAAUCCAUAUCUUACAGGACAGCAAAAACUCGUCCAAGCUCGUGUCUAUGCCCAGGGUUUCACCAUCGCCGCUGUUAUUGCCAGUCUUGCAUUCGAAGGAAAGGACCGCAUGUCUGGAUCUGGACGCUGGGAGACCGUAAAGAUCGUGGACCCCAACGACCCUGAACACAAGAACGUAAUUGAGAAGAAGAUUCACCACGAGCGCUACUCGGGCGAGGAUCAAUGGAUGGACAUGGWCGAGGCUGAGGAACGCCGGAUGAAAGAGAGGGAAAAGGCCAUCAAAGAGCGUGAGCACGCCGAGGGGAAGACGGGCAAGGCGAAAGAAGCAGCCGAUAAGCACGCCGAGAAGCAAGUGAAGGGGCACCCGGAAGAAGCAAAAGAUAAGAAGGUGAACGCUCCAUGA